AUGGGGCGGGUGCAGCUCUUCGAGAUCCGCCUGAGCCAAGGCCGCCUCGUCUACAGCCCCGGGGAGCCGCUGGCGGGGGCCGUGCACGUGUGCCUGGGGGCGCCUCUGCCCUUCCGAGCGAUCCGGGUGAGCUGCACCGGCUCCUGCAGGGUCUCCGCCAAGGCCAACGACACCGCCUGCGUGGCCGAGGAGGGCUACGUCAACAGCACCCUGUCGCUGGCGGACAAAGGGAGCCUGCCUACAGGAGAGCACAGCUUCCCCUUCCAGUUUCUGCUUCCUGCCACGGCGCCCACGUCUUUCGAGGGCCCCUUUGGGAAGAUCGCGUACCAGGUGCGGGCCACCAUCGACACGCCGCGCUUCUCCAAGGAUCACCAGUGCAGCUGCGCGUUCUACGUGCUGAGCCCCCUGAACCUGAACAGCAUCCCGGACAUCCAGCAACCCAACGUGGCCUCCACCACCAAGAAGUUCUCCUACAAGCUGGUGCGGACGGGCAGCGUGGUGCUCACGGCCAGCACCGACCUCCGCGGCUACGUGGCGGGGCAGGUGCUGCGGCUGCAGGCCGACAUCGACAACCAGUCGGGCAAGGACACCGGCGCGGUGGUGGCCAGCCUGCUGCAGAAAGUGUCCUACAAGGCCAAGCGCUGGAUCUACGACGUGCGGGCCAUCGCCGACGUGGAGGGCGCCGGCGUCAAGGCCUGGCGGCGGACCCAGUGGCAAGAGCAGAUCCUGGUGCCCCCCCUGCCCCAGUCGGCCCUGCCGGGCUGCAGCCUCAUCCACGUCGACUACUACCUGCAGUUCUCCCUGAAGGUGCCCGAAGCCUCUGUGAUGCUUCCGGUCUUCAUCGGCAACAUCGCUGUGAACUCGGCCCCGACAAGUCCCCAGCCGGGCCCCGGGCCGCCUCCUGGGGCUCAGUGCUCGGUGGUGCCCUCUGCCCCGCCCCAGGAGGAGGCGGAGGCCGGGGCCACGGGCCCACCCCACGUGGCGGACCCUGUCUCCCUCUUCGCCAAGAGCCACGUGCAGCUGUGGCCGCCUGCCGCCUUCGGGGCGGUGCCCGGCGCCCCUGAACCCUGCCCUCCGGGUAGCGGCCCUGCCUCCCACCUGCUGCCCCCGGCCCUGUGCGUCUCCGCGGGUGCCACCGUGCCCUACUUCGCAGACGGGUCUGGCGGGCCGGUGCCCUCCACCAGCACCUGGAUCCUCCCCCCGGAGUACAGCCUGUGGGCCCCGCCCUGUGAGGCCCCGCCGUCCUAUGAGCAGAGCUGCGGCAGUGCGGACGCUGGCCCGACCCCCGGGAGCUGA